GUAGCAUGCCACAUCUGAGCUGAAAAAAGAACUAAAUCCCUUGGGCCAAAUUCAUUCCUGAAGUUGCUUGAUUGAACACAUUGCGUUUACACUGAGCACAGAUUUGGCUCAUACCUGACUUUGUCAGCAUUCACUGUGCUGUAACUAAGUAACAAGAGCACUGUCGUUAGGGGACAGAUGAAUAGCUUUCUCUACGGUUAUUAGAGCACCGAGCACCUUUAAGGAGUGCAGAAUCUGUGAAAGGAGGAAUUGGGGAAAAGGACACUGCUCCUUUUAGAGUCUGUGUAACAGAACUGAUAAGCUAUUCCUGUGAUGUGAUCGAAUGUGACUGAAUACUGCAGGCUCUUGGACUCUUAUUCUGUAAAAUCCACAGGAGAACAGCACAGGAAAAGAUCGGAGGGAACAGCUUCUGCUAUACUAAGAAAGGUCUUUGAAGGGCAGCCCCAAACAUGCUGGCAGGAUCUCAUAGUGCUGAAGCAACAGCUUAUAGCAAGCUCUACUCAGAGAAUGCCAAAGUAUCCAUUGUAACCAGAGGAUUAUGAGGCAGUAGUGUGAAGUAAUUCUGAAUGCCAGCAGUCUUCUGUUCUAGAGGGACCUGACUACAGCUGGACUGCCACCAAAUGCUGGAGAGCUCUUCAGUCCCUUUGUUCAUUGUCUUCAUCCUGCUUUUCAUUUUGCUGCUCAUUGUGUUGCUCAUCAGGAGAAACGGCACUGCUGCCCUUAUCUGGAAUGAAAUAAUCCGGGAGAAAGUAACCAAUUUCAUCAUGAAUCAGAGCAAAGAACAGAGGAUUUUAAAUUUUGUGCUGCAGAAUGCAGUCCGAGGGGACCCCUAUAGUGUGGUGGACACUAUAGAUAAAUACUGCUCCCAGAAAGAGUGGGCCAUGAAUGUGGGCAAUGAGAAAGGUCUAAUUCUAGACAAGACAGUGGAAGAGGCCAAUCCAUCAGUUGCCCUGGAGCUGGGAACAUACUGUGGCUACUCAGCAGUGAGGAUUUCUCGGCUACUGAAGGCAGGAGCUCGUCUGCUCACUGUAGAGUUCAACCCAGAAUUUGCUGCUAUAGCUAAACAGAUGAUUGAGUUUGCUGGAGUACAAGAUAAGGUAAAACUCCUAGAAGGCCCUUCAGAGGAAAUUAUUCCCCAGCUAAAAAAAAAAUAUGAAGUGGAUACUCUGGAUUUUGUCUUCCUGGACCACUGGAAAGACAGAUACACACCAGACACCAUCCUGCUUCAGGAAUGCAACUUGCUGAGGAAGGGCUCAGUUCUUCUGGCUGACAAUGUAAUUUUCCCAGGAGCUCCAGAUUUCCUUAACUAUGUCCGCAAGAGCCCCCAUUUCCAAUGCACUAACUACCCAUCUCAUCUGGAAUAUAUGCAAGUGGAAGAUGCUAUGGAGAAGGCUGUGUUUUUGGGAUAAAGAGAGCCAUUAAUAAUCAACUUUUGUUUCAAAUGAUGUAAAUGCAACUGCACAGGUUAACUUGUCCAUGCUUUAAAGUUUUUUAUUAUUAUUAAUAUUUUAUUUUUUUUGGAGCCUGUAGUUAAACAAGCGCUAGUGAACUUUUUAGGCGAGGUAGAAAUCAAGAUCAGGAGUAAGUAGGGUCUGUGCCAUUGUUCUACAUUAAUUCAGCAAACCCAAGGUGAUGCACAUUGCCCUGCCUUGGCCAACACAUCAUCAAACAACAGAGUCUGUUAUUUUGAGCUCAAGCUUGAACCACAGUUUGGGUUUAGGGUGAGGUGGAGAAAUACACUGCAACUUCUGAAAACUUGUGUCCCCAGGCUAAAUUCAUUAAUCAUUAGCAGGAGUGGGAAAAAACAUCCAUGUUGCAAGAAAAGACCAUUUCAUGUGCCCUAUUUUUGCUAAAUUACUAGCAUGCCUCUUGAUGCAGUGAAGGCUCCUCUUGUGAGAUCAGAUACUUCUUUGCACAUUUACUGCAAAAGUUAAUCAUCUCUAUGUGAAAGAGCAUGCACUGAAAGAAGACAGACCCAUGCAGUGAUGAGAAAAACCAGAAUUUUGAAAACACAAACAAAUAAAAUUAUUAAUCUGCCCAUGCAGAGGCAGGGAAAACUGAAGUAGUAAACAGAUUAAAAUAAACACAGUAACAGACAAGUUUUGUUACUUAACAAAAGGCACAGACUCUUUCCAAAAGAAUACAAAACGACAUAAUAUUUGACCUUGAGAAAAUGCUGUUUAUCCCCUCAUUAUCCUGUACAUACAUAGUAUGUGCUUUUUAGGGGCAGGGCAAGCUGCUUACUCUGAAGUGCUGUGUAUGUUUAAGAUGCUGUAUAAAAAUAAAGGCCAGAGAGAAAGGGUUUUAGCAGGUGGGUCCUGCAUGCCCUGGUUAACCUCAGUGCUGUUACACUAUGUGAAUAGUCUGGGGUGUCAUUGAGAAGAUUCAAAGCCAAAUACCAUCUCUAACUCACCUGAACAAUGCAGAAAUCCAGUGGCAUUUCCUAGCAUGUCCUGCUGUGAUUAUGUAAGGCAGACAUGGUCACAUUUAUAAAUAAAAAAUAAAAAACAAUAGAGCAGGGGCAUGACUUCCAUUUUUUCCAAUUAAUUCUGUACUGCACCUGAGGCUUUCAGAUUUGAAACAGCCACAGAAAGAUCCAACAGUUGAAAACCAGAGUUAAAACCAAGGACAACCAUUCUUGUCUUUCCCAGUAUGAAUUCUUUCAAGCCUGUUACGAGUUUCUUCCUUGUAUAGCCCACCUUACUACAGUGGUCCCUCCCCUGGCCUGUGUGCUGCAGAAAAUCCACCUCCAAGACACCAGUAAGGAGCAGAGGAUCACCAUGCAGUGUAAAAGAAAACUAGAACAGGCUAAGGUGACGGAGUCAGUUUAGAAAUGACCAAGCAAGCCAUGGUGACCCAGUCAGCUUGUGAAGUGUGCAUUUCAUAGGGAUAGGAAGGAGAAGGCAACACUAUCAGAGUUUUUCUAACAAAUUAAACUCUGUCAUACUGAGAAAUACACAAGUUUUCCUGUAGUGGAUUAGAUUAUGCAGAAGCAGCCUCAUGUGACUCUGUUGUGCUGUUCUGUGUAGAGCUGACACUGAGUCUAACACUUUCAUCUCAUACUGCAAGUCAGUGAUUAGUUCUGUAACAUUGCUCAGCAGCACAUCCUCUUGGCAUUCAGCUAAACUCAAAGUCAUUGGAUGAAAGUCCUUCAGGUGGUUGCAAGCGGUUUUUGCAAAAUUUGCAAUGCAAAAUAAUCUUCAAGCCCAUUUAUUGGCAUACACAAGUUUCUAGAGCACACUGGAAAGUCUGGAUACAUAUGGUUGACCAGAAAAUUUGUCUGUACAUCUAAAGCCUCAACUCCAAAGAAUCCUCUCUUGUGUUUAGCCCUAAACACCUUUGCACCCAACAGACACUCCUGUCACAGCAGGGCAAGUCACACAGGCUGACAAGCAAACCAGUCUCAGAAGGAUGAGUAAGAGUAAACAGGUACACUCUUCUGCACUUUACAAGAGAGGAUCAGAAAAAUGCAAUCCUACUGCUCAUUAAUGGCCAAAAUUACUGUUCAAGAGACUGUCAAGAAGAUUAGAAAAGGUGGGAACUUGUACAGUUAGCAUGGAUAUUUCGAAAGAUGCAUCAGUGAAAAUGUAUUUGUAAUAAAUGUGGCAAAUAUUUGACCAGCCACCUUUUCGUACAUAAAGGUAUUUUAAUUCAUUGGAAAGCAUCUCCUACAUGGCAAACUGUAAAAAUAAACACAAUGUAUGUACUAUCAGAA